AUAAAUAAGCAGCAAACUCGAACAGAUUGAAUCACAAAUCUUAUCUCCAUCUCUCAAACGAUUCACCCUCUAAACUCUAGUUUUCAGAAACAUUUUCAAGUGAUUAUCUUUUUAUUUUUGAUCAGUACAUUUUCAAGUUAUUAUCAAUGGAAGGAACAGCAAAGGUUGGAAAGGGAGGAAGGAAAGGUGGUGAUAGAAAGAAAGCAGUAACAAAAUCAGCCAAAGCCGGACUUCAAUUCCCAGUCGGAAGAAUCACUCGUUUCUUGAAGAAAGGCCGUUAUGCUCAAAGGCUCGGUUCCGGUGCUCCAGUUUACUUGGCUGCUGUUCUUGAGUACCUCGCUGCUGAGGUAUUGGAAUUGGCUGGAAAUGCUGCCAGAGACAACAAGAAAUCAAGAAUCGUCCCAAGACAUUUGUUGUUAGCAAUCAGGAAUGACCAGGAAUUGGGGAAAUUGCUUUCUGGUGUUACUAUUGCUAGUGGUGGUGUUCUUCCCAACAUCAACUCUGUUCUGUUACCAAAGAAGAAGGAUGAAGCUGCCAGUACUCCAAAAUCUCCAUCAAAAUCAAGUGCUGCUAAAUCUCCAAAGAAGAAGUAGUAAGAUGUAGAUCUAUGUAUUGAAGUUUAGGGUAUUAUUAGUACUGUGUAUUGAAGUUUAGGGUUCAACUUUUUUUUGGGUUGUAAGAUUCAUUUUCUUAAGAUUUGUAAUCUCUUCAUAUCAAUGGAAUCAGUCUUACUUUUUUUUGGGUUGUAA